AUGACACAGCAAUAUAAGAAGAAAAAUACCAAGCUUAAGAAGCAUCGUAAGACCAAGCUUAAGCAGCACCACAAGACCAAGCUUAAGCAGCACCAUAAGACCAAGCUUAAGCAGCACCACAAGACCAAGCUUAAGCAGCACCACAAGACCAAGCUUAAGCAGCACCACAAGACCAAGCUUAAGCAGCACCAUAAGACCAAGCUUAAGCAGCACCACAAGACCAAGCUUAAGCAGCACCACAAGACCAAGCUUAAGCAGCACCAUAAGACCAAGCUUAAGAAGCAUCGUAAGACCAAGCUUAAGCAGCACCACAAGACCAAGCUUAAGCAGCACCAUAAGACCAAGCUUAAGCAGCACCACAAGACCAAGCUUAAGCAGCACCAUAAGACCAAGCUUAAGCAGCACCACAAGACCAAGCUUAAGCAGCACCACAAGACCAAGCUUAAGCAGCACCAUAAGACCAAGCUUAAGCAGCACCAUAAGACCAAGCUUAAGCAGCACCACAAGACCAAGCUUAAGCAGCACCAUAAGACCAAGCUUAAGCAGCACCACAAGACCAAGCUUAAGCAGCACCACAAGACCAAGCUUAAGCAGCACCAUAAGACCAAGCUUAAGCAGCACCAUAAGACCAAGCUUAAGCAGCACCACAAGACCAAGCUUAAGCAGCACCAUAAGACCAAGCUUAAGCAGCACCAUAAGACCAAGCUUAAGCAGCACCAUAAGACCAAGCUUAAGCAGCACCAUAAGACCAAGCUUAAGCAGCACCAUAAGACCAAGCUUAAGCAGCACCACAAGACCAAGCUUAAGCAGCACCACAAGACCAAGCUUAAGCAGCACCAUAAGACCAAGCUUAAGCAGCACCACAAGACCAAGCUUAAGCAGCACCAUAAGACCAAGCUUAAGCAGCACCAUAAGACCAAGCUUAAGCAGCACCAUAAGACCAAGCUUAAGCAGCACCAUAAGACCAAGCUUAAGCAGCACCAUAAGACCAAGCUUAAGCAGCACCAUAAGACCAAGCUUAAGCAGCACCAUAUCAACAAUAACAUUCACAAAAAUCAAUUAACGAAAUAA